UGAUUCCACGUUCAAAAACCAAAACUUCUCGAGGUAGGUGGUUUUUUUUUAAAAAAAAACAAAUGAAUUAUUGUUUUUUAAGUGUUUGUCACAUUAGCUGGUAAAGUUUGAAUAAAUAUCUUUUUAAAAAAGAAAAGAAAAAUAUAAACCCAAAAAAAUAAAAAGACACUGAAGGGGAGAGAAAUAUCGAUCGAAGGCUUCAAAAGCCCUUCCUUUUGUGUGCCUAAUCUCACGCACGACGCUGAGAGAGAGAACCUUUCGACCUAACAUAUUCUCUUCGUCUUCGUCUUCUCCGAUCGAAUUCCAAAUCGCUUUGAAUAAGACUUGAUUUCAUCUUGACUUUGUUGGCGGUUGUUGAAUAGCUGUGUAGCUCUUAAUUAUUGAGGGGCUGGCUAUGCAGUCAACGAGUUGCUGCUCGUGAAGGACACCAAGAAUUGAGAAAUCAAAUAUACAUUUUUUGUCAUAAGGUUGCAAUCUUGUAGUCAUGUCGCAUUUCGAAUGCAGUGGUUGUGACAUCUCAAGCUGUUCUGUUCAUCUCGCUGAAUGGCAUCCUUUGGAAUAGAGAAGUUUCACCGGGCUUGAAGCCCUCUAAAACCCCUUUUUACCGCUGGGGUUCCUCAGUUAUUUACAGCAUUGAAGAUCAGUUUUUUUAGUUUCAGUAGAUCAUGUUUCGUGAUAGUUUGUUGUUUGCCCGUUCCAUGGGUUGCUUUGGAUGCUUUGGCACUUCUGCUAGAACCCGACAAACACACGAGCCUGACGAAUAUGAGACAAACUCGUGUGGUAGUGAUGUAACUAGCAUUGAGAGAGGAGAAGAUGAAGAAGAUGAAGAAGAAGUAGAGCAGAAGAGCCGCUCUAAACGAUCUGAGGAAAUUUUGAAAUAUAGACUAGAUAAUGGAUUGAUCUGCAGGCACUUUCCGGUGAAAGAAACUAAUGAGCUUAUCCGUGGAGAGGAUGAAGAUGGUAACAAGAUGAUCAAUGAGUAUGUUCGCGAGUGUAAAAUUGGAUCCGGUAGCUAUGGUAAAGUGGUUUUAUAUCGGAGCACUGUAGAUGGCCAGUAUUAUGCUAUCAAGGCGUUUCACAAGUCGCAUCUGUUGAGGCUAAGGGUUGCACCUUCAGAGACGGCUAUGAGUGAUGUUCUUCGUGAGGUUAUGAUUAUGAAAAUCCUGGAGCAUCCUAACAUCGUUAAUCUCAUUGAGGUGAUAGAUGACCCCGAAACUGAUCAUUUUUACAUGGUUCUUGAAUACGUUGAUGGAAAGUGGGUGUACGACGGUUCUGGACCGCCCGGUGCUCUGGGAGAGAAAACUGCUAGAAAGUAUUUGCGGGAUAUAGUUGCUGGCCUGAUGUACCUUCAUGCUCAUAAUGUGAUUCACGGGGACAUUAAACCCGACAAUCUGCUGGUUACUAGUAGCGGUACAGUGAAGAUAGGAGACUUCAGUGUCAGCCAAGUAUUCAAGGAUGAUGAUGAUCAGCUGCGUCGAUCUCCGGGGACUCCAGUCUUCACUGCUCCAGAAUGUUGUUUAGUAUCAGGUAUAACGUAUAGUGGCAGAGCAGCGGAUACAUGGGCCGUGGGAGUUACUUUGUACUGUAUGAUAUUGGGACAAUACCCCUUUCUUGCUGAUACUCUUCAAGACACAUACGACAAGAUUGUUAACAACCCUUUGAUAAUCCCGGAUGGAUUGAAUCCUCUUCUAAGAGAUUUGAUCGAAGGUCUCCUUUGCAAAAAUCCGAGCGAGAGAAUGACACUGAAGAAUGUGUCGGAGCAUCCAUGGGUAACCGGAGAAGAGGGGCAUGUACCUGAGCAUUUUUGUUGCUGCAAACGUAAAUCUGCGUUAAAGAUUGAACAGGAAGAAGAAGCUAAUGGGAUCUCUGAAAUAUCAGAUUCUAGCUAAAAACUUUGAAAGCGUUUUGAUCGUUUUAAAAAUGUAACAGCUUGAAGCAUAGAGAUGCACACGUUUAACAUCAGGCAAUCGCAUCUCCUUAACCGUACACGUUUGAUCUCGCUUGUUGUCAUUCUUUUUCUUUUUCUUUUUUUCUUUAAUACUAGAUAAUAUUGUCAUGUUAUUGUGCAUUGUUUAUAAGUUUUGGAACAAUUACGACUCUGAUUUUGAAUAUUCUUUUUCUAUGAACAAAGAUUCUUUUUUGUUUAAGUCAACAAAGGGUGCAAAUGGUUUAAAGGAAUGGG